GAGAACACAGCCCGAGAACACAGCUCACUCACGGGUCCCGGCUUCCAGGCACGCUUCCAGGCCAUUUUAGGCCCUUCCCGGCCUCCGCUCCCUUUCAGUCCCCGUCCUGCCCCAGAACGCUGUCGUCUCUCGGGCCCGCGCUCUCCCCACUUCCCGCCCCAGCCCCGCCCCCGCGCCAGGUUUGAAGACUCGGUCCCGCCACAGAGGGCGGGUCGCGUGUCCUGCCAGCUGCAGAGGACCCACGGCUUCCCGCCCACAGGGAGCGUCUCUGGAGUAGUAAUUGACAAGAGAUCCUACCUGGGAUAGGAUUUAGUCUCCCCAUACUUCUGAACCAAUGAAGAGAAAAUGGGAAGCAAGACUGAAGCAAAUUGAAGAACGAGCAUCCCAUUAUGAGAAGGAACCAUUGCCCUUGGAGUACAGACCAAGGUUGUCUAAGCCAGAAGAACCACCAUCCAUUUGGAAACUAUUUCAUCGGCAAACUCAAGCUUUUAACUUUGUUAAAAGUUGUAAAGAGGACGUUCAUGUAUUUGCUUUGGAAUACAAAGUGGGCGAUGGACAACGUAUUUACCUCGUAACAACGUAUGCUCAACUUUGGUUUUACUAUGAAUCCCGAAGAAAUCUCUUACACUGCUAUGAAGUUAUUCCUGAAAAUGCUGUGUGCAAGCUUUAUUUUGAUUUGGAAUUUAACAGACUCGCCAAUCCAGGAGCUGAUGGGAAAAAGAUGGUUGCAUUACUCAUUGAGCAUGUUUGUAAAGCACUUCAACAGUUUUACAGGGUUAGUUGUUCAGCUGAAGAUGUUCUCAACUUGGAUUCUAGCACCAAUGAAAAAUUUAGCCGCCAUUUAAUAUUUCAACUCCACGAUGUGGCAUUUAAAGAUAAUAUUCAUGUUGGUAAUUUUGUGAGAAAAAUUUUAGAGCCUGUUUUUCACUUAAUUGCUACUGAAGAUAAUGAUAUGACUCCAGAGACAGUGGGCCAUGAAUUUUCCCAUUUUUCUGAAACACCAGUUAAACAAGGAAUUUCCUUUAGCAAAAAGUCCACAGAUAAGGAUAUAGGAGAGAGCUGGACAACGAAUUCAAAGAAACUGGAGAUGCUGGGGUCAGCUAAGCAAAGCAGUCCUGAUCUUUCAUUUUUAAUUGUGAAGAAUAACAUAGGAGAAAAGCAUCUUUUUGUAGAUAUAGGAGUUUAUACAAGAAAUAGAAACUUCCGACUGUAUAAAUCAUCAAAAAUAGGAAAGUAUGUGCCUUUGGAGGUUGCUGAAGAUAACAAAUUUUAUCCUAUACAAUCGAAGAAUAUUUCCAAAGAAAAUCAAUAUUUCCUCUCUGCUUUGGUCAGCAAUGUCAGAUUCUCAGAUACUUUACGAAUUCUGACAUGUGACAUAUCUCAAAAUAAACAAAAACGAGUUGAGGAUUUUAACCAUACCAGUACUUCAGUAGAAACCAUUGAAGGUUUUCAGUGUUCACCUUACCCUGAAAUUGAUCAAUUUGUUCUCUCGUUGGUGAAUAAAAAUGGCAUUAAAGGAGGAAUUCGGCGCUGGAACUACUUUUUCCCAGAAGAAUUAUUGGUUUAUGAUAUUUGUAAAUACCGCUGGUGUGAAAACAUUGGAAGACCCCACAAGAGUAAUAAUAUCAUGAUUUUGGUUGACCUGAAAAAUGAAGUUUGGUAUCAAAAAUGUCAUGACCCUAUAUGUAAAGCAGAAAACUUCAAAUCUGACUGUUUCCCGUUACCUGCUGAAGCACGUCUUCUGUUUCUUCUCAAAGAGGAAGAGGAGUUUACAACGGAUCAAACAAGGAACAAUGAAACCAAGAAUCCUCAUGAACCAUCAUGUAGUGCAUCGUCAAAAGAGGAAGGAAUACUUCCGAACUCAUUCUAUGAGGCCACCAUCACCCUGAUACCAAAACCAAAGAUAUCUCAAAAAAGUAUCACUGAUGAACACAGAUGCAAAAAUCCUCAAUAAAAUCUAGCAAACCAAAUCCAACAAUACAUUAUUAAAAGAAUCACACACUAUGAUCAAGUGGGACUCAUUUCAGGGAUAUAAGGAUUUUUCAAUAUCUACAAAUUAAUGUGAUAUACCUCACUAACAAACUGAAGAAUAAAAAUAUCAGUAGAUGCAAAAGAGCUUUUGAUAAAAUGCAACAUCCAUUUUUGAUAAAAACUCUCCAGAAAGUGGGCAUAGAGGGAACAUGCCUCAACAUAAUAGAGGUCAUAUAUGACAAACCCAAAUCUAACACCAUACUUAAUGGUGAAAAGCUGAAAGCAUUCCCUCUAAGAUCAAAAACAAGACAAGGAUGCCCACGCUUGCCACUUUUAUUCAACGUAGUUUUGGAAGUCCUAGUUACAGCAAUCAGAAGAAAAAAGAAAACGAAUCCAAACUGGAACAGAAGUAAAACUGUCACUGUUUGCAAAUGACAUGAUACUACACAUAGAAAAUCCUAAAGACGCUACCAGGAAACUACUAGAGCUCAUCAAUGAAUUUGGUAAAGUUGCAGGAUACAAAAUUAAUAUACAGAAAUCUGUUGCAUUUCUGUACACUGUGAAAUAUAAAGAGAAAUUAAGGAAACAAUCCCAUUUAUCAUCACAUCAAGAAGAAUAAAAUACCUAGGAAUAAACCUACCUAAGGAGGCAAAAGACCUGUACUCUGAAAACUAAGAUGCUGAUAAAAGAAACUGAAGAGGACACAGAUGGAAAGAUAUACCUGGUUCUAUACCGGAUACUAUAAAACUCUUUAUAGUACAGUAUUUAUAGAGGAUAACAUAGGCAGAACACUUUGACAUAAAUUGCAGUGACAUCUUUUUGAAUCCACCUCCUAGAGUAAUGAAAAUUUAAAAAAUAAAUGGGAUGUAAUUAAACUGAAAAGGUUUUGCACAACAAAGGAAAUCAUGAACAAAAUGAAAAGACAACCCACAGAAUGGGAGAAAAUAUUUGCAAACAAAGCAACCAACAAGGUAUUAAUUUCCAAAAUAUACAAGCAGCUUAAUAUCAAAAAAACAACCCAAUCAAAAAACGGGCAUAAGAUCUAAAUAGACAUUUCUCCGAAGAUGACAUACAGAUGGUCAAAAAGCACAUGCAAAGAUGCUCAACAUUGCUAAUUAUAGAAAUGCAAAUUAAAACUACAAUGAGGUGUCCCCUCACACCGGUCAGAAUGCAUCAUCAAAUAGUCUACAAACAACAAAUGCUGGAGAGGGUGUGGACAAAAGGGAACCUUCCUACAUGGUUGGUGGGAAUGUAAAUUGGUACAGCCACUAUGGAGAACAGUACGGAGGUUCCUUCAAAAACUAAAAAUAGAACUACCAAGUUAUCCAGCAAUUUCACUCCUGGGCAUAUAUCUGAAGAAAACCAUAGGGCUUCCCUGGUGGCACAGUGGUUAAGAAUCCGCCUGCCAAUGCAGAGGACACGGGUUCGAGCCCUGGUCUGGGAAGAUCCCACAUGCUGCAGAGCAACUAAGCCCGUGCGCCACAACUGCUGAGCCUGCAUGCCACAACUACUGAAGCCCGCACACCUAGAGCCCGUGCUCCACAACGAGAAGCCACAGCAAUGAGAAGCCCGCACACUGCAACUAGAGAAAGCCCGUGUGCUGCAGUGAAGACCCAGUGCAGCCAAAAAUUAAUUUUAAAAAAAUACCAUAAUUUGAAAAGAUACCCUAGUGUUCACUGCAGCACUAUUUACAAUAGCCAAGACAUGGAAGCAACCUAAAUGUCCAUUUACAGAGGAAUGGAUAAAGACGUGGUAUAUAUGGAAUAUAUAGACCUGUCCAAAGGAAUAUUACUCAGCCAUAAAAAAUGAAUGCCAUUUGCAGCAACAUGGAUGGACCCAGAGAUGAUCAUACUAAGCGAAGUAAGUCAGAGAAAGACAAAUGUCAUAUAAUAUCACUUACAUGUGGAAUCUAGAAAAAUUAUACAAAUGAACUUAUUAACAAAACAGACUCACAGACUUCAAAAACAAACUUACGGUUAUGAAAGGGGAAAGAUGUGGUGGGAAGGGAUAAUUAGGAGUUUGGGAUUAACAUAUACAUACUAUAUAUAAACAACAAGGAGCUACUAUAUAGCACAGGGAACUAUAUUCAAUGUUUUGUAAUAACAUAUAAUAGAAAAAGAAUCUGAAAAAGAUUCUUAUAUACAUAUAUGUGUAUAACUGAAUCAUUUUGCUGUACACCUGAAUCAUUGUAAAUCAACUAUACUUCAAUAAAAAAAAUUUGCCACAUUUUCCCCUACUACAUGCCUUUUUAAUAUUUCUCAACUUCUAAAAUUACACCUACCAUUUAUAUGGGAUAAUGGCUAGUUUUUCAGAUACAAAAGAUACUAAAAGUAUGGGCUGAACAAAGAACAAGAGGUUGGUCUUUAUAACAUGUA